AUGCAACAACAUUCAAACCUCCCAUUGUCUCCAUCACAACAACCCAUCUCAACAUUAUCCACAACAGCUACAGGUCUUGUUUCCUUGUCCCCUUCCCAACCUCAUCAUGUUACUUUUCAAACUAAUAUCUCAAAUUCUGAAGUGAGCCAUCAUCAUCAUCCACACGGAAAUCUCACUUCGGAAGAAGUCCAUCAUCAACAUAAUACAACAAAUAAUUUGGAUUCUCGAGCUAUUCCAUCAUCAAAUGUGGUGGUGAUCAAGAAUCCCUACGACACCCCAACGGAAGAGAAUGAAAAUACUCCUCAACUGGACAACACAUUCAGUGAUCAAGUGAAGGUCAUUGUUCCGAAGGCUACGAGUCCGACUCAGCAUCAUCAUCAACGUCAUCAUCAUGUCCAAUUAUUGAAUCAUCCACUCGAACAUGUCGAUCUCAAUGUCAUGGGAACACAAAGUUAUCAUCAAGAGAGUCUGGCAAACACGUCUACUUUACAAGCAACAACAGGUUCCUCUUCGGCUCAAUUAGGAGAUGACAAGUUCUCAACCAAACACACCAUGACAGCCUCCACUCCUUCCAAUUCUCCUUUUAUUCGUGGUGGUAUGAAUGAAUUUGAGCAAUCGGGAUUUCAUUUUGGAGUUCCUGGAACGCCGAGCGAUUCAUUUCGGAAGAGACCAAUGUUGAAUGUCAACACAGUGAAUCCAACUACCAUUUCUCAACAACAACGAGCCAAUCAAAUAGUUUUGGAGCCAGUUCCAAAUGUAGCAUCAUCUCAUAAUCAGGAGGAUAAACAGAGUUUUACAAAAAAAGGAUCAAUUAAAAUUCAUCGAAUGAAUCACCACAAGAGUGUUGACACUGGUUCUCCAAUGAAAAUUGCUGAUGAGGAAUUGAAACCUUUUGGAACUGAAAUUACGGUCGACGAUGAUGCAGAAUAUAGCACGGAAGAAGAGGCCUUAGUUGACACAGCUCCUCCUCUUGAACAUGACGAUCAAUCUUUUCAAGGAAACGACACCACGCCAACAUUUUUAAGGCCUUCUGAAUCGAUGGAAUCAAUCAGUUCAUUAGUGAUGGAUCCAACGUAUCAGCCAGAAAUUUUGUCGGAUGAAUCCAUGAAGAAAUACAUUGAGAAUGAAUUGACUGCAGGAGGAACUUCUACUGGAAUGUCACUUAAGGAAAGAAUUCCACACGUGUUUUCUUCAGAUAGUCUUGGACAUAAAACAAAACCAUUUCAAUUUCUCAAAGGAUCAGCAGAUACAGCUGCUCCUAUUUUACUUCCUUCACAGAAAAGAACAUUAAGAUCAUGGUUUCUGAAACGAUCAAGAAACACUAUGAGAUUUAAGAAAAAGGAGCAGAAGUGGAGGAAAGAAAAUGCAAAAUACAUUGAGGAUAAUGAUGUGGAAACAGGAGCUAAUGAUUUUAAAUUUGAGAACGAUUCUACUACAGGUGAUUUUGAGGAAGACAACACUGGACCAAUUGAGGUUGAAAAAACACUAACUUGGACCGAAAAAGUGAUUGCCUCAUUCAAAUGGUUCUUUACUGGAAAAGUUGAUAAGAUCCAAUCAAAAAUAUUAUACAAGGAUCUUUCAGAUGAGGAUAGAAAAAAAGUUCAUUCAUUGCUUAUUGAUCUGGCUUUUGCUUUAUCUAUUUAUGGAUUGAGUACAAAUCAAACUGAAUUCCGUCUUACACUGAUCUCUACAUAUUAUGGAAUUGAUGCCUAUUUUUCUUGCACGGUUUGUUUCAUUAUUUCUCUAUCUGAAAUUUUGAUAAACAUAUUUGAUGAUUAUAGCGGUAUAUGGAUUGCGUUCGGUCACAGACCAAAUGCAUCAAAUGACAACAUGUUUACCUAUUUUGUUAAAAUUGAAAGUCAAACUGUAAAUAUGGACAAAUUGACAAAAUUAGAUAAGGUGGCAAGUAAUAUUUCACAUGGAUACUACACGAUUGAUGAUGCUCAAAAAGCUGUUAACGAAAUUGUUCGAGAACCUAAUAUUUAUUCUCAUCCCAUGAUUGCACUCUUUUUCCACUUUAUCACACCAGGAUUAUUUGUAAUUUUAUGGAAAGGAAAUGUCGCUGAAGUUUUAACUUGCUUGAUUGUGGGUCUAAUCAUUGGAGUUCUCAAUUACUUUUGCUCAUCCAUGCCUUUUUUUGCUACUGUUCUUCCGGCAGUGGCCUCGGUAUUGGGAGGUUUAAUUGGCAUUCUCAUGAAGUGGAUCCUGUUUGAUUAUUAUUAUAUUUCUGUUGCACUUUGUGGCUUGUGCACAUCGUAUCAAUUUCUUCCAGGCUCAAUAAUAACAACAUCUCUACAAGAGAUUUCAAUUGGAGCCUCAUUAUCAGGAAUUACUAGAUUGACGAAUGCUUUUAGUAUUAUUCUAAAACUAGGAUUUGGAUUAAUUUUCACAGCUGGUAUUGUCCAUCAAAUACCAAAAUUAUCUGAAAGUGAAGCCAACGAUAUCACCAGACAACCACUCGCGAUCUGGGCAAGAAUAUUAGUGGUAAUAUUAUUAACAACUGUGACCAUGAUAAGUCGUAAAGUUCCUCAACACCUUCCAACUAUGAUUACCAUUGCCAUUACUUCUUUGGCUGCUCACUUGAUCAACUACUUCUUGUCUUUCCUCCACAUUGAAAUUUCUACAGCCAUUGCAGCGACGGUUGUUGGACUGUUAGCAAAUUUGUACACUGUGAUUUCUCAUACUCCUCCUGUGGUUGUGGCAGGUGUUUCUGUUUUAAUGUUGUCACCUGGAUCAUUGAGUUAUCGUGGUAUGGCCUCUUUCAUCUUGACCAGUAAUACUCAGUCAAGUUUGACGUUUUUCCUUGACGUGUUUUUGAUUGGUAUUGCAAUAUUUGUUGGAUUGAUGGUCUCCAAUCACCUUAUUCCAAUUCGUCAAAAGAUCAAUAUUUAA